GGCCAUUGGUGGGACGAGCAGCCCGAGUUCCCGGAUGAGGGAACAUUCUGCGGUAUAAAGGCCGCGGGGAAGGCGGGAGACAGCGCAGUUUGAAUCGCGGUGCGGCGGAGGAGUAGCGGUGGGCCUCGCUGCGUGUCGGACCGGCCUAGUUACUGCCUGCGUGCUUUCGCCUCAGCGGAAUUGGAAAUGGCUGGCGGGAAGGCCGGGAAGGACUCCGGAAAGGCCAAGACAAAGGCGGUUUCCCGCUCGCAGAGGGCCGGCCUGCAGUUCCCCGUGGGUCGCAUCCAUCGACACCUGAAGUCCAGAACGACCAGCCACGGGCGCGUGGGUGCCACGGCCGCUGUGUACAGCGCGGCCAUCCUGGAGUACCUCACGGCGGAGGUGCUGGAGCUGGCAGGAAAUGCAUCCAAAGACUUGAAGGUAAAGCGCAUUACUCCUCGCCACUUGCAACUUGCCAUCCGUGGGGAUGAAGAAUUGGACUCGCUCAUCAAGGCUACAAUUGCCGGUGGUGGUGUCAUCCCACAUAUCCACAAGUCUCUGAUUGGGAAGAAAGGACAACAGAAGACUGUGUAAAGGAUGCCUGGAUUCCUUACUAUCUCAGGACUCUAAAUACUCUUUAACAGCUGUCCAGUGUUGGUGAUUCCAGUGGACUGUAUCUCUGUGAAAAACACAAUUUUGCCUUUUUGUAAUUCUAUUUGAGCAAGGUGGAAGUUUAAUUAGCUUUCCAACCAACCAAAUUUCUGCAUUCGAGUCUUAACCACAUUUAAGUGUUACUGUGGCUUCAAAGAAGCUAUUCUGAAGUAGUGGGUUUUGAGUUGACUUUAAAACUGUUUGGAUUAUAAUUGUGAUGCAGAAGUUAUAGUAACAAACAUUUGGUUUUGUACAGACAUUAUUUCCACUCUUGUGGAUAAGUUCAAUAAAGGUCAUAAUCCCAAA